GACUGGCACGUGAUUAGAGUCACGUGGCUGAGCGCGUUUAUGUAAUCCCGUAUCGUUGGGCUGUGCUGCUGGGAGAGUGAGAGAGCGAGCGACGUGGCGUUCGUGUGAUUUUUUUUAUAAAGCCUUUUGGAAGGAUGAUCACAGAUGUGCAGUUGGCAAUCUUUGCCAACAUGUUGGGAGUAUCUCUUUUCCUCCUUGUUGUCUUGUAUCAUUAUGUUGCUGUAAAUAACCCCAAAAAGCUGGAAUAGCCACAUAACACCACAAUAGUGCAAAGGUUCGGACCAAAACAAAAGAAUUAAUUUGAAGGAUGGAAGCUAACUUGGAUGAAAUAAUACAGAUUGAACUUUACCAGCACCACAGUGAAUUACAGCUGCAUUAAGUAUGUUUUGUAUUGAAGAAAUAUGCCUUGUGAAUUAAAUAUUUGUGGAAAAA